GCCAAAAACGACCACAUGUUCUGAUGACCGCCCUCAGUUCCGCUCAGUCAAAUCCGAGAAUUUUCCUCCCGUUUUUUUCCCCUAUAUAUGAAUUAGCCAUGAAUUGCUGAGGUGGUAGUGCUCCCCUACGACGACAAUGGGUCUCGCAUUCAAUAUCUUCACUGCCGCCUUUUCAUCCAUUGGAGCCUUCCUCUUCGGAUAUGACAGUGGUAUUAUUGCGAGUGUUUUGGACAUGAAACACUUCACUGCGAAGUUUGGGAACGAUCCAGAUAUCAAUGGUGCUAUCGUCUCGACGUUCAACGGUGGAUGCUUUUUCGGAGCAGCAGCGGCAGGAUGGUUCAACGAUAGAUUCGGUCGUAACCGUACAAUCCAGAUAGGCUCGCUGGUUGCGAUGUGGGGUUGUGCGAUGCAGGCUGGUGCACCUAAUAUCGCUACCAUGAUGGUGGGACGUAUCGUCGCUGGGGUUGCUAUUGGGAUCCUUUCGAUGACUGUCCCAUUGUACAACACCGAAAUCGCCCCACCGAAAAUUCGUGGAUUCCUCGUCGGGUUGACACAGCAAUUCAUCGGAAUCGGUUUCAUCGUUGCGAACUGGGUUGGCUACGGGUGUCAAUACAUCGACUCCGACAACGGUUGGCGGUUACCGUUAGGUCUUCAGUUGGUACCAGCCGGUCUACUCCUCAUAGGAAUCCAAUUCUUGCCUUUAAGUCCUCGUUGGCUUUUGGAAGUGGGUAGGGACGAAGAGGCCCACGCUGUCGUCCUUCAACUACACGGUUCAUCUCCUGAGUCCAAAGACGCUGCAGAGCGGGAAUACACGGAAAUGUACGAAACUAUCAAGUCUGAGAUGGCGGUGAGGAGCACCAAGCUUAGCGAUCUUUGGGCCACCCGGGCGAUGCUCCGCCGUACCAUGGUGGCAUGUGGGGUCCAGAUAUUCACCCAGUUGACCGGGAUUAACAUCAUCAACUACUAUGGGCCGCGGAUGUGGAGGAGUCUUGGUAUACAAGGCGGCCAAGAGCUUCUGAUUCAGGGUAUAUACGGUGCUGUUGGGCCUAUUGCGAAUAUUUUCUUCAUAACCCUAGUCUUGGACAGAGUCGGCCGCAAAAAGCCUCUCAUGUUCGGCGCAGGGAUGUUCGUGGCCCUCUUCUCCGUCAUUGCUGCUAUUCUGGCUACGAAUCCUGUAGAAGACGGAGCUACGAGUGCUGCUGAUCCGGCUGCUCAACGGUAAGUGACCCGUUGUUCGGAAAGAAAAAAAAAAUGAUAUGGGAAAUGACUGGAAAUCGCCAACAG